AUGCUGCAUAGAGAUAAUGUGGCUUUUUUGUUGGAUUCUCAUAACCAUAUAUACUUUUUUUUUUCAACGGCCAUGGCUUCUCUGAGGAGCUUCGAUAGAUGGACCAUUAAUCACUUGCAAAUUGUUUCAAAAUCCAGAGGAUUAACGCAAGAACAUUCUAAACAACUCAUCCUCUCAACACCCACUUCGAGAAGAUGUGCAAUUUUGAUAUCUUCAUUGCCUUUCAGUCUUGUUUCGCUCCCUCCAUUAUCAGAGGCCAGAGAGAGACGCAACAAGAAAGCUAUCCCUCUUGAAGAUUAUCUCACCACCCCUGAUGGACUCAAAUAUUAUGAUAUUGUUGAGGGAAAAGGUCCGCUAGCUGAGAAAGGAUCAACCGUUCAGGUGCACUUUGACUGCAUAUAUAGGGGUAUAACAGCUGUUUCAAGUCGGGAAUCUAAGCUUUUGGCUGGAAAUCGUAUAAUUGCACAGCCAUAUGAAUUCAAAGUUGGAGCACCUCCGGGCAAAGAACGGAAGAGAGAAUUUGUAGACAACCCAAAUGGUCUAUUCUCUGCACAGGCUGCCCCAAAACCCCCAGCUGCUAUGUACUCAGUAACAGAAGGGAUGAAAGUAGGAGGAAAGAGGACUGUAAUCGUUCCUCCUGAGGCUGGCUACGGCCAAAAAGGAAUGAAUGAAAUCCCACCAGGAAGUACAUUCGAGCUGAACGUUGAGCUUUUGCAAGUAAUGCCACCAGAAGAAAAGUGAGCUCAAUUUUGGUUACAAGAAGAAUCUCAUGGUAUAUGAAAUUUGUUCUUCUGCUGUGGCAAAGGCAAUAUAGCACAAUGAUUCUUUUGUUUGGAGAAGCAUUUGCGAAAAUCAUCUGUUGUCAGUUCCCCACUCAUUUAAUUUGAGUCUUUGAUAUGCAUAUUCAUCAAUGUUGCAGCUAUUACAUGAUUGUAGGUUGAGGUUAAUUUUUGAUAUAUAUAAUUUACAUAUUUCACA